UCCGCAGUUCUUCAGGAGCUUUUGACGCUCGUGCGCGGAUUUUUCGAAAGUGACUGGGGUGCACGCGGACGGCUACGGAGCGGGUCCCACACGCGGUUCGGGUCUUUGGCUCACCAGUUCCUGGACCGGAACUGAGCGCGUGCUCCUCUGGGACGGAGAGUUUGGACUCGGAAACGUGCUGCGGGCACGCGGCGCAAAUGACAGGCGGACACAGGUGAUGUGUCACCCGCGCGCGCAUCCCUGAGAAAAGGGCGGCAGGAGACCCCGGGGGCCGCUCCCCCCUCCCCGCACCCCAAAGAACAGCUGACAGGACAGCGCGCGGACAUGGAGAGGAGAGCGGCGCUGCGCUGAGGGCGGAGAAAGUUCAUCUGCUGGACGUGGACUUCUGCAGACGGAGAUGAGCUGCUGCAGGGCGUGUUCUGCUGGAUCUGUUCUGCUGGUUCUACUGGUUCUGUUGGACCUUUGGGGGGUAUCUGGGCAUCUGGGCCACCAUCACAGACGACACGCCCGUGGUCAUCACGAGCGGCCCCAGCAGAACAUCACUUUAGCCGUUAUCCUACCGGAGACCAACACGGCGUACCCGUGGGCGUGGCCUCGGAUUGGCCCCGCCCUCCAGCGUGCCAUUUUAAAGAUCAACUCUGACCCCAACUUGCUCCCCAACCACCACCUUACCUAUGUUUUUAAGAACAGUGAGAACCCAAGCGGGAUCUGCUCGGAGUCCGUGGCGCCGCUGGUGGCGGUGGACCUGGAGUUCGCCUACAAACCGUGGGCCUUCAUCGGGCCGGGCUGCUCCUACACGGCCUCCCCCGUGGGCCUCUUCACCACCCACUGGGACGUGCCCUUGAUCACAGCGGGAGCGCCGGCCGUGGCGUUCCUAGACGGAAUCUACCCAACCAUCACCAAUACUGGCCCCACCCACAAGAAGCUGGGCCGGUUCGCCCUGCGGAUCUGCGAGCACUUCGGUUGGCGGGAAUACGUGACCCUCAUGUUCAGCGAUAACAAGGAGGACGACCGGCCUUGCUACUUCGCCAUGGAGGGCUUGUACACGGAGCUGAAGAGCAUCAACAUCAGCCUGCAGGACAGCGUCUUCGAGGAGAACAAGCCGCCCAUCAACUACUCCCAGAUCCUCGCCGAUAUCCAGAGCAUCGGCCGCGUGAUGUUCGUCUGCUGCUCUCCGGACGUCUUCCGGAGGCUGAUGAUCGAGUUCUGGAACGCCGACCUUCCUCACGAGCAGUACGUCUUCCUGUUCAUCGACCUGUUCGCCGACAGCCUCCGCAGCAGGCAGCCGUGGGCCCGCGGCGACCAGGACGACGCCAUCGCCAAGGAAGCCUUCCAGAGCGUAAAGAUCCUGUCAUACCGUGAACCUCAGAACCAGGAGUACCAGCAGUUUGUCCGUGAGCUGAAGACCGACGCCCAGACCUCCUUCAACUACAGCGUGCAGGACUCUCUGAUGAACAUCAUCGCCGGCGGCUUCUACGACGGCCUCAUGCUCUACGCUCACGCCCUGAACGAGACCGCGCUGGCCGCCGGAACCCGCCCCCCCGGAAAACUCAUCUCUGAGAAGAUGUGGAAUCGAACCUUCCACGUCCUGGAACAUCCGUGCGCUGGUUGGGCGGAGCUUGUCCUCUCGAUAUUCCCAAGUGUGGCUUCAAGAAUGACAACCCCGCCUGCCUGACAAAGACGAUCACCAUCCACCAGAUGGUCUCCAUCACGCUCUUCUUCAUCUUCACCAUGACCCUGACCAUCGCCAUCUUCAUCUGCAGGAAGAUGAAGCUGGAGAAAGAGCUGGUGGCUCAGCUCUGGAGGAUUUCCUGGGAAGACAUCCAGAUGAGCAACCUGGACAAGGUUCUGCGGAGCGGCAGCCGGAUCACUCUGUCGCUGAGAGGUUCGAACUACGGCUCGCUGAUGACGGCAAACGGAAACCUGCAGGUCUUUGCAAAGACCGGAUACUACAAGGGGAACAUCGUGGCCAUCAAAUACACCAACAAGAAGCGCAUCGAGCUGAACAGGAAGGUUCUGUUCGAGCUCAAACACAUGCGAGACGUCCAGAACGAACACCUGACCCGCUUCAUUGGAGCGUGUGUUGACCCGCCCAACAUCUGCAUCAUCACAGAGUACUGCCCCCGCGGGAGUCUGCAGGACAUCCUGGAGAACGACAGCAUCACUCUGGAGUGGAUGUUCAAGUACUCCCUCAUCAACGACAUCGUGAAGGGCAUGGUGUUUCUCCACAACAGUGUCAUCUUCUCUCACGGGAAGCUCAAGUCCUCCAACUGUGUGGUGGACAACCGCUUCGUCCUGAAGAUCACAGACUACGGGCUGUCCAGCUUCCGGCAGGAGAGCGACGUGGGCAGCGACACUCACUCCUUCUACGCCCAGAAGCUGUGGAUGGCUCCAGAACUCCUCCGCAUGGAGAAUCCUCCGCCCCAAGGAACCCAGAAGGGAGACGUCUACAGCUUCAGCAUCAUACUCCAGGAGGUGGCACUGCGGCGCGGCGCCUUUUACCUGGACGGAGACCCGCUCAGCCCCAAAGAGAUCGUGGACCGGGUCAUCCUGGGCGACUGGCCCUGUUUGAGGCCCAGCAUCGACCCGCAGAGCCACAGCCCUGAGCUGGGUCAGCUGAUGCAGCGCUGCUGGGCCGAGGAGCCGACGGAGCGGCCCGACUUCAACCACAUCCGCCUGCUGCUGCGGAAACACAACAAGGAGUCGAGGACCAACAUCCUGGAUAACCUCCUGUCCCGCAUGGAGCAGUACGCCAACAACUUGGAGGAACUGGUGGAGGAGCGGACUCAAGCGUACCACGAGGAGAAACGCAAGGCUGAAGCCUUGCUGUACCAGAUACUACCACACUCGGUGGCCGAGCAGCUGAAGCGAGGAGAAACGGUUCAGGCUGAAGCCUUCGACUCGGUCUCCAUCUACUUCAGCGACAUCGUGGGCUUCACCGCGCUGUCUGCAGAGAGCACGCCGAUGGAGAAGUGGUUUGAUAACCAAGAAAACCGACCCAAGACCUUGACACGCCGUACCCCCCCCCCUGUGCAGGUGGUGACUCUGCUCAACGACCUCUACACCUGUUUUGACGCCGUCAUUGACAACUUUGACGUCUACAAGGUGGAGACCAUCGGUGACGCCUACAUGGUGGUGUCAGGGCUGCCGGUGAGGAACGGAAACCUGCACGGCAGAGAGAUCGCCCGCAUGGCGCUGGCCCUCCUCGACACCGUCCGGACCUUCAGGAUCCGCCAUCGACCGGAGCAGCAGCUCAAGCUGAGGAUUGGAAUUCACAGCGGGCCCGUGUGUGCGGGCGUGGUGGGUCUGAAGAUGCCGCGGUACUGUCUGUUCGGGGACACCGUCAACACCUCGUCCCGGAUGGAGUCCAGCGGAGAAGCUCUGAAGAUCCACGUGUCUGCUGCCACCCGGGACGUCCUGAUGGACUUCAACUCCUUCCAGCUGGAGCUCAGAGGAGACAUUGACAUCAAGGGCAAAGGAAAGAUGACCACCUAUUGGCUGCUGGGAGAAAGCGACAGCCAAUGAGAUGACAGGAAGGAGAUCAGGAGGAGGCAGACCUCCUCAGACCGGCCAAAGUUCUGCAGCUCCUGGACAGAAGCAGCUCAGGAGCGCAGGAGGAGGUCAGCGGGUUACUGACUCUUCCUCUGUGGUGGUUCUGGGGGUUCUCCUCAUCUGAGGACAGGUGAGUCAGGUGAUGCAGCAUCUUCUCCUGCCGGAUCGCCAUCAUUUCUUCCUCUUUGGUGGAAACCAGCAGAACUUCGGCUGGUGCGCUCAGCGCUGCCCCCUCAAGCUACAAGGCAGAACUGCAGGUUAUAGUUCAGCCACCGGAUGGCAGCAGAGGACUGUAGGCGGGGCUUCAUCUGUCCCGGGGUCACCUGAGAGUGACCCUCAGAUGGAAACAGCUGCUGCUGUUGCGUCUCUGUAAAUAUUCAUGUUUCAGUGUCUCCAAAUAAAACUUUCAUUUCCUG